AUGGCGCCGUCAAAACAAGUCGUUGCCUCUGCGCCUAAUGCCGUGGCGUCCAUUGAUCCCGACCAGACCUUGAAAGCCUCCAAGGCUCUUCUAGCACACAUCCGCAAGGCCGCCAAGCAAAAAGCCCAAGAGGCCACCAAGCGCAACCUCCUGGACGACGCCCAGGACGGCGACGGCGACGACUCCCCCGUCUGGCUCACCCUCACCACUAAGCGACACAUUGCCGACAAGGCCCGCCUCCAGCCCGGCAAGAUCCCCGUCCCCCACUCGCUCCACGCCGACCAGACCAGCACCAUCUGCGCCAUCACCGCCGACCCCCAGCGCGCCUACAAGAACAUCAUCGGCUCCGCCGACUUCCCCGCCGGUCUGGCCAAGCGCAUCACCCGCGUCAUCGACUUUGGCAAGCUCAAGGCAAAGUACGGCCAGUACGACGCGCAGCGCAAGCUCUUCUCCGAGCACGACAUCUUCCUCGCCGACGACAGGAUCAUCACCCGCCUGCCCAAGGUCCUCGGCAAGACCUUUUACAAGACGACGGCGAAGCGGCCCAUCCCGGUCGUCCUCUCGGCCAAGCGUCCCCGCGUGGACGGCAAGCGAGUCAAGCGCGAGGCCAAGGGCCCUGGGGACGCCGUCAACGCCGGCACGCCCGCCGACAUUGCCAGGGAGAUUGAAAGGGCGCUGAGCUCCGCCCUCGUCAGCCUGUCGCCGACCACCAACACCGCCAUCCGGGUCGGGUACGCCAGCUGGACGCCCGAGCAAAUCGCCGACAACGUCGACGCCGUCGCCACGGGCCUGGUGGGCAAGUGGGUGCCCCAGAAGUGGCGCAACGUCCGCAGCAUCUAUAUCAAGGGCCCGGAAACCGCCGCGCUGCCCAUCUGGCUGACUGACGAGCUCUGGCUGGACGAGCAAGACGUGGUGCCAGACGCGGUCCAAGACGGGGCUGAAAAGGCCAACGUGGGCAAGAAGCGCAAAUCGUUGGGUGACGCGGCCGAUGCCGAUGCUGCUGCUGCCGAUGCUGCUGCUGCUGCGGCUCCCAAAAAGAAGGCCAAAAAGGCAGAGGCUGUUGCCGAGAGCAACGACGACAAGCUGGAGAAGCAGAUUGCUGAGCGCAAGGCCAAACUGAAGAAGCAAAAGGCUGCUGCGAAAAAGGCCAUGGAUUGA